AUGGCCUGCGACGAGACCCCCUUUCGAGAGUUCAACUCCUUCGGCGCUAACCAUUACCAUCACAUUCCUCAGCUGACAGUGAGUUCUACAGUCAUCAGAGAGACAGAAUCAGUUCUGCUGAGUUGUGAGACUCCUCCCUCUCUCCCUGUGUCUGACUGUUACUUCUACAUGGAGGGGGAGAAGAUUCUUCCAGACUCAUCGUGUACGCAGACAAUAACAGGAACUGAGCUGCUCAAGAGGUCUGGUCCAACAUUUCCAGCUGUGGUCAAAGUGACAUGUUACUACACUGUAUGGAAGUCUCACACAUCUCCUUUAAGUGACCCUGUCUCAGUCACUGUUCAGGAUCCAAAACCAGACAUAACAGUCAAUUUUGAUGAGGACUUCACCAUCAUCUGUUUGAUUCGUGGUUCCGUCAGUCCUGACUCCACCUGUAACCUGUAUGUUGGAAAGGAGAGUCAGCCAUCCUUCACAGCAGAGAUCUGGAAAGAAAAAAGCAAAGGUUCCAAACAGUGGUUCUGUAGAUUCAAUGUAACUGAGAGGGAUAUUAUCAGAACUCUACAGUCAGUGAGGCUUAAGGAGGUAAACUGUGACUACAGAGUGAGCUCAGGACCAAACUCUCUCUCUCCACGCAGUGAUGGGAAAAGCUUUGCACAUCUGGUGGGAGUUCACAUCAGUGAUCCAACAACUAUACAGACACCUUCUAUGGCAGUGGGUUUGACUCCAGGUCCUAGAUCUACUUUGCCUCCCAGCACGACAGUGAGUCCUACAGAAGGUGUGUUGGGCCUCUAAAUUACCAUCUCUGCAAGUUCCAAUUAUACAGUCAAGCGUUAAGAUUACGGGCCUGUAAAAUUAAGUGACCCAAAUGUGAAUGUAAAACCUUAUUCUUGUGUAAUCAUAUUGCUUCCCAUUUGUUUCGACUGUUACUUGUACCUUUACCCCAGA